AUGGCCAAACGAUCAUCAAAUGGAAAACUAAUUAUUGAUUAUCCAUGGACAAAAACCAAAGAAGAAAUUGCUGAUCUCUAUAGUGUUGACGAAGAUAUUGGUCUUCCUGAAGACCGUAUCCGGCAAAGUUUUGAACGAUAUGGACCUAACGAAUUACCAGCUGAAGAAAGUAAACCAUUAUGGAAACUUAUUUUAGAACAAUUCGAUGAUCUUCUAGUCAAAAUUUUACUUGCUGCUGCUUGUAUAUCAUUCGUUUUAGCUUUAUUUGAAGAACAUAAAGAAGAAGAUAGUCUUGUAGCAACUUUUGUUGAGCCACUUGUUAUUCUUCUUAUUCUUAUUGCAAAUGCAGUUGUCGGUGUAUGGCAGGAACGAAAUGCUGAAAGUGCUAUUGAAGCAUUAAAAGAAUAUGAACCUGAAAUAGCUCAAGUUAUUCGACAAAGUCGACCCGGACAUAUACAACGAAUUAAAGCACGAGAUCUUGUACCAGGAGAUAUUGUUGAAGUAGCUGUUGGAGAUAAAGUUCCAGCUGAUAUACGUAUAACAACAAUUUAUUCAACAACACUUCGUGUUGAUCAAUCAUUAUUAACUGGUGAAAGUGUUUCAGUUAUUAAACAUACAGAUCCAGUACUUGAUCUACGUGUUGUUAAUCAAGAUAAGAAAAAUAUUCUUUUUUCUGGAACAAAUAUUGCAGCUGGUAAAUGUCGAGGUAUUGUUAUUGGAACUGGUUUAAAUACUGAAAUUGGAAAAAUUCGAUCGGUUAUGACCGAAACUGAAGAAGAAAAAACACCAUUACAACAAAAAUUAGAUGAAUUUGGUGAACAAUUAUCAAAGGUUAUUACUAUUAUUUGUAUUGC